CAAACAGGUGGUUCAAAGAAAAUUAAAGAAGCAAACCUUCCGCCGCAUAAGCAUACAGGAACUACAAACUUUUCUGGCGACCAUAUACACUCAUUAAGAGACCACCCAUUAUACAACUCAGACUAUGAAGCCGGUCAUGAUGUUUUAUCUCCAGUUUAUAACGAUUCAACAAAAAAGACUUUUCGACCAACUGAACCAGGAGGAAAUCAUUCACACACUUUCACAACAAAUCCAACAGGCUCGGGUGAAGAUUACAUGCCACCAUUUAUGACUGUAUUUGCAUGGUACCGUCUUGAAUAA